AUGACUUUUCGCGUGAAUCCAGGCAAUUCACAGAAUACAUGCCACAUUCUGCCCUGCAAAAUCAACUAUGACGGCGCGGUGGACACCACGAACUUUGCUGUGAGCGGAUCCCAAGCAAGCUUCCGGGGACGGCCGCUGGUCGGUCGCACCGUCGACUUGCACGGAUACACUGGGGUUGUUUUAGAGCCCGACACUCACCGAGUCGCCCGCAAAUUCGACACUCUCACAGUGUGGGGCCACGGCGUGGCAGAUCAAGAUACAGCAGAUCGGCUACAAGAACUAUUAACGGUUAGCAGAGCACUAAGUAAAACUAGUUAG